AUGUGGACUGCUAGAAGCCUUUGUGGUGCUCAAAUACUGUUGCUACAGCUGAAAGAAGGCAGAUUGUGUGCUUGCAUGUUUCCAAAAACUCAUCAGUUCUGGAUUGGAAUUCUAAACUAUUGCACCAUAAGAGCGCCAUGUAACAGACUUAAAUUCCAGGUUUCCAAGGUAAAUGAUAAACGAUCAGUAGUAGAUACGAGAAUGGCUACUAGUGCAGAGGGAGCCAAAAUAGCUGCUGGAAGAAGUCCCAGUGGAGUACGUGAUGGAAGCCAACAUUCAUUAGAAGCAAAAAUGAAACAUAUCAAUCUGUCAUUUGCAGCUUGUGGGUUUCUGGGUAUUUACCACUUGGGGGCAGCAGCUGCUUUUUACAGGCAUGGUAAGAAGUUACUGAAAGCUGUGAAAGCUUUUGCGGGAGCUUCUGCGGGAUCACUGGCUGCCACUGUCUUAUUAGCAGUACCAGAAAAUAUAGAGAAAUGUAAGCAGUUUGCCUAUGGAUUUGCAGAGGAAGUUAGAAAAUUGGACUUCGGUGCUGUAACGCCUGGUUAUGAUUUUAUGAAAACACUUAGGGAAGGCAUAGAGUCUAUUCUUCCUUCUAAUGCUCACGAGAUAGCUGAGAACCGGCUCUAUGUGUCAGUCACUAACACCAAAAAUGGGGAAAAUCACUUGGUUUCAAGUUUUGCAUCCAGGGAGGACCUCAUUAAGGUCCUGCUAGCAAGUAGUUUUGUACCAGUAUAUGCAGGAAUUAAGCCAGUUGAAUAUAAAGGAGAGAAGUGGGUUGAUGGUGGUCUUACCAAUGGCCUUCCUAUCUUGCCUGUUGGAAGAACUGUGACGAUUUCUCCUUUCAGUGGUCGAUUAGAUAUCUGUCCACAAGAUAAAGGACGUGUGGAUCUUUAUGUUAAAUUUGCAAAACAAGAUAUAAUGCUGUCUCUGGCCAACCUAGUAAGACUUAAUCAAGCUUUGUUCCCACCAAACCAGGAGAAAAUGGAAUUGUUGUACCAAAAUGGAUUUGAUGAUGCUGUACGUUUUUUACUGAAAGAAAACUGGUUUGAAUAGAUGGUACAUAGAAAAUGAACAAAACCUGAUGGCUAUCAAAACACAGCUAUGGGCAUCCUACAGAAUCUAAGGGAUUGCCGUCCCAGUUUAUGGAAAUAAAAAUCCCAAUGUAAUUGCAUCUCCUUCUGCUGAGAAAGUAUCAGCUGCACUCCGAAUACCUGUAUAAACCUGUCAGAAUGAUAAUUGUACUUGCCUGGUAGUUGUCUUGCUUUGAGAAGAUUCAAGCUUAGAUCCAUUUUGCUUCAGCUGAGGACUUGAGUGUGGGAUUUGUAAAAAGCUCAUGUUGUCAU